AUGCAGUUUACGGAAGAGGAAGCUUCCGACGUGAAAAAAUGGGUGGUGAAGAAACUGGAGGACAUCUCCGAUGCGGACUCGGAUGUUCUUGCCGACUACGUGCUCGCUCUCAUCAGAUCUGAUGCGCCGGACGAAGAAAUCAGGCAAAAUUCAGUGGACAACCUACUGGACUUUUUGCGAGAGCCUCUGCCACAGACCCAGCCUCAACCUCCUCAUAAUUUCCCCCAGUCCAUGCCCGGCCCUGAGGCACAGCACCCAUUCAAUGCACCCACAGGCCCAAGAGGCGCCUUUGGCGCGUCUCCUAGCGGGACCUCGUUUGGGCCAGGCGCAGGACCGGACGGUCCUGGGUUCAACAGCCGAAAGCGCACGUACAACGAGGGUUUCCAAAGCGAGCAAGAGCGCGGGGACGGUGUACCUCAAAAUCGCGCUUUCAAGACUCCGCGACGGGGGCGUGGAGGUGGUCGCGGUGACUGGAUGGGCCGAGACGGCCCUCACGCGCAACCCGGUCACCAGUUUCCUCCGCAACAGGCUGGCGGCUUCCCCAUGAUGCCGGGGUUCCCGCCGUUUGAUCAGAACGAUCCCAUGGCGGCUAUGAUGGCUAUGCAGGGUAUGCAGGGUAUGGGGUUCCCGCAGAUGCCUGGAAUGCCUCCCAUGCUUGGAAUGCCUGGUGCUCCGGGCCAACCGGGGGUCGAUAAGAGCAACCAGCGUUGUCCGUUUUAUGAUGCUCAAGGGAUUUGCUAUUUGGGAGAUGCUUGUCCGUACCAGCAUGGCGAGGCCGGGGCCUCAAAAGAUGAUGGUAAGAGACUUGAUGAAUGGCGAGAGGGAAGUUUGUUAAUCUUGGCGGCAGAAUAUGACCCGAGGACUGCGGUGUUCCCGAUGGAUUCGCAACGAGGGGACGGUGAUGUCUCUAUGCGUGGCAGUGAUCGUGGCCGUGGUCGUGGCCGUGGUCGCGGCGGGUUUAGCGGGCGAGGACGCGGCCGGUCCGAUUUCUCAUCUGCGGGCCCCAAUGAGGACCGGUCGAUUACGACGAUUGUGGUUGAGCAGAUCCCCGAUGACAAAUUCUCAGAAGAGGCGGUGCGCGAGUUCUUUUCGCAGUUCGGCAACAUUACCGAAAUAUCGUUGCAGCCGUACAAGAAACUGGCUCUGGUUAAAUACGACAGCUAUGUCGAGGCCAAGCAGGCGUGGUCCAGCCCCAAGGUGAUCUUUGAUAAUCGCUUCGUGAAGGUCUACUGGUACAAGCCGAACCGCAAGGACGAGAAGAACGGCGAUGCCCAGCCCGAGGCUCCUGCGUUCAACCAGGAAGAAUUCGAAAAGCAGCAAGAAGAAGCCCAGAAGGCGCACGAGGAAAAGCUGAAGAGGCGCCAGGAAACCGAAGAGGCCAAGCACGCCCUGGAGCGCCAGCGCGAUGAGCUCUUCAAGAAGCAGCAGGAAGAAAAAACGCGUCUACUACAGCGAAUUGGGGGAACCACUGAGCCGAGUAACGACACUAGCGCUAUGGAUGUCACCGGUGACGAUGCCAACGAAAAUGUUAGCGACGAGACGAAGAAGCUCCGUGUCCAACUGGCUACUCUCGAGGCCGAGGCUAAGAGUAUGGGUCUCGAUCCCGCCGGUGCCGACACUGGCCGUGGUGGCUACCGUGGUCGGGGCGGUUACCGCGGCCGAGGCGGGUUCCGUGGGCGGGGUGGCUAUGAUGUCUCGUACCGCGGGGGCUAUCGUGGCCGGGGCGGGUUCGCUCCCCGGGGACGGGGUGGAGUGCUUCGUCUGGAUAACCGACCUCGACGAGUGGCGGUGUCGGGUGUGACUUUGCACUCGGACAAGGACGAGGCACUGCGGCAACAUUUGAUUGGCAUCGGCGAGUACCACUCCAUCGAGCCAAACCCCGAGGCGCCCGACUCAGUCGUGGUCGCCUUCAAAGAGCGCUACCAGGCGGAGAAGUUCAUGUUUGGAUCAUGGAAUAUCCCAUCCGUGGGCGAUGUGCAACUCACCUGGAUGGCCAAUCCGCCUCUGCCUGUCCCAACCGCUACAUCUACAGACUCGAAAACUGGACUGGUGGAGGAUGAGCCGGAUACGGCGAUGGAGUCGGCACCAGCGGUGUCCCAGGCGCCACCCCGUAAAGAGGCGCAUGAUAUGGACUACGACGUUGCCGAGGAUGAUAGCUGGGGCGCGGAGUGA